GGUUUUGGGAAAUGCUAUACUAUUAGGGGAGGUUAUGUCGAAUUUUCUGUACAAAUUUAAGCUUAGGGAUUUCACCAUUUAAUUAUUUUUGGCCAGCUAAAAAAAACGCCAAGGGGCCUAGUCGAAUGUUGAAGGAGGCACAGAGCGUACGUCUAAUCGGCUCCAGGAUCAAGAUUGAGUAUGACCCGUGACAUCGUGGAACGGCUACCUCACAACAGCAUAACAGCGUCGCUAGUAGUUGUGGUGUUGUUAUUAAACAAAAUUGUCCUAUGCAGUGGGAGUCUUGGGCAGAAAUUCCUGAGGGGACGAAGAAACUAGUGCGAGAAAACUUGUCGGUCAAUUUUGAUCUUGACGACAUAUCCCCUGAGGUCAUGGCCUACUUAGAGGAGACCUUAGCAAAUCGGUACAAACAUUGGAAGAACUAUCAUCACAUGCAUUUUAAGCUAUGGGAUGAUCCGGAGUUUGCUCGCCUACAUGGUUGCCCAAUCGAGUUGCAGGACCGGCCGGAGGAUUGGAAGUGGCUCUGCAAACAUUUUACGGACCCAAAAUUUGUGAAGAAAUCUAUUGAUGGCAAGAUAGCUCGGAACUCAAAAACACUUCUCCACCAUUCUGGUUCGAAGCCCUUUUUGUAUAGGCUUGAGGCACGACGUCAGGAGGGUUCUAAGUUCCUAGAGAUUGACAUGUUCGAGGACGUUUACGUUCGACCUGGUGAUGAGACAGCUAAGCAGCUUCAUGAUGCUAUGGUGGAACAGCGCACUACUGUUCUUCAAGAAGCAACAUCGCAACUUCCUCCGGAGACCUCGAUCGAGGACGUCACGGUACUCGAGGAUGCAGGUUUUCAGAUCCUGACUAAUGUCAUGGAUCAAAACUUCGGUCGUCGUCAUGGCAAAGUUGUUCAGUGUAUGGGGAAAGCGCGAGUUCGUGAGACGGGUGCCUCUUCUUCCAGAUCGAACACAGGAGAGGUCAGUGUAUUGAAGGAGGAAGUAACAACCCUAAAGGGUCAGCUUGCGGUCUAGAGCGAGCAGAUGAGGGCCCGGGACGAGCAGAUGAGGGCCCAGGACGAGCAGAUUAAGGCCCAGGGCGAGCAGGUGAAGGUCUAUGCCGGACAUGUGAGAGACCUUGUACGAGCCAUAUAGACGUCCGGCCUCCAAAUCUCGCUACCAGUACCUGAUCUUCCUACACCUUCGACCUCUAAGCCACUUUGCCCUACUAAUACCUAGUAGCUUGAUGUAUCAAACCUAGAAGACUACUUGUAGUUUUUUCUUUUUUUUUGUUUGGAUACCUUGUAUGUAUAUUUUUAUAUAUUUUAUAACUAAAUACUUUUCCUCGGUUAA